GUUUCAACUUACUUUUGGAGCAAGGACUUUCCUGCACUAAUCACAAUUUUCAGAAGAGAAGAACUGGACUGUGAGCAGUGUCAGCUAGUAAAUGUACUCCUAAAAGAUUUUAAAAAAUGAAAUUUCUGGGGAAGAUUAUUUGGCUUAUAUUAUGGACUGUUUGUGUGGCAGAAGAUUGUAAAGAACCUCCUCCAAGAAAAAAUACAGAAAUCCUGACAGGUUCCUGGCCUGACCAAACAUAUCCACAGGGCACUCAGGCUACCUACAGAUGCCGCCCUGGAUAUCGAACACUUGGAACUAUAAUAAUGCUAUGCAAGAAUGGAAAAUGGGUGGCUGUUAACCCAGGAAGGAUAUGUCGGAAAAGGCCCUGUGGACAUCCUGGAGAUACUCCCUUUGGUUCUUUUCAGCUCACAGUAGGAAAUGAGUUUGAAUAUGGUGCAAAAGUUGUUUAUACAUGUGAUGAAGGGUAUCAAAUGAUAGGUGAGAUUAAUUUCCGUGAAUGUGGAACAGAUGGAUGGACCAAUGAUAUUCCUAUAUGUGAAGUUAUUAAGUGUCUACCAGUGACAGACCCAGAGAAUGGAAGAGUUGUCAGUGGUGCAGCAGAUCCAGACCGGGAGUACUCCUUUGGACAAGUGGUGCAGUUCGAGUGUAAUUCAGGCUUCAAGAUUGAUGGACAUAAAGAAACACAUUGUUCAGAAAAUGGUCUUUGGAGUGAAGAAAAACCAAAAUGUGUGGAAAUUUCCUGCAAAUUACCAGAAGUUAGAAAUGGAUAUCCAUUAUCUGGGAAGAAUAUUUAUAAGGAGAAUGAACGAUUUCAAUAUAAAUGUAACCGAGGUUUUGAAUACAGUGAAAAAGGAGAUGCUGUAUGCACUAAAUCUGGAUGGAGUCCAGAUCCUUCAUGUGAAGAAGUAACAUGCAAUACUCCUUAUAUUCCAAAUGGUGACUUCUCACCUAAGAGAAUUAAAUACAGAACCGGAGAUGAAAUCAGAUACACGUGUAAAAAUGAUUUUUAUCCUUCAAACCAGGGAAAUACAGCAAAAUGCACAAGUAGUGGCUGGGUACCUGCUCCAAGAUGUACCCUGAAACCUUGUGAUUUUCCGCUAAUAAAACAUGGACGGCUAUACGAUGAGAGAAAUAAGAGACCAUACUUCCCAGUAGCUAUUGGACAGCGCUUCUACUAUCGCUGUGACCAAAAUUUUGUGACUCCUUCCCGAGAGACCUGGGAAUACAUUCAUUGUACACCAGACGGAUGGUCACCAAAGGAACCAUGCCGCAGAAUAUGUUAUUUUAAUUAUGUGCAAAAUGGACAUGAUCCAAGUCAUCCAAGGACAUAUAUACAGGGUCAAUCUGUAAAUGUCGAUUGCUAUUCUGGCUACAGUCUUGCCCAGGAGCAGACCACAAUGACGUGUACUGAGAAUGACUGGUUCCCUCCUCCCAGAUGCAUCCGUGUCAAAACAUGUUCAAAAUCAAAUAUAGAAAUUGAGAAUGGGUUUAUUUCUGAAUCUCAGUUUACAUAUACCUUAAAUAAACAAGCACAAUUUAAGUGUAAACCAGGAUAUGUCACAGCAGAUGGCAAAACAUCAGGAUCAAUUACAUGUCUGAAAAAGGGAUGGUCAGCGCAACCCACAUGCAUUAAAUCUUGUGAUAUGCCAGCAUUUAAGAAUGCCAGAACCAAAAGUAGCAGCACAUGGUUUAAGCUCAAUGAUGUCUUGGACUAUGAAUGCUUCGAUAGAUACGAAAACAGGCACAAACUCACCACAGGUUCCAUAAAAUGUGAACACGACGGCUGGUCGGAUACACCCAUGUGUUAUGAAAGAGAAUGCAAUCUUCCAAAAAUACAUGCACACUUAGUUCCCGAUCCCAACAAAGACAGUUAUAAAGUUGGAGAUGUGUUGAAAUUCUCCUGCAGACCAGGACUUACAAGAGUAGGACCAGAUUCAGUUCAGUGCUACCACUUCGGAUGGUCCCCUAACAUCCCAACAUGUAAAGAGCAAGUAAAAUCCUGUGGUCCACCCCCUGAACUCCACAAUGGAGAAUUUAACGGAACAAAGAAAGCGGAAUAUAGACACAGUGAAGUGGUGGGAUAUGACUGCAACCCUGGAUUUCUGAUGAAGGGGACUAGUAAAAUUCAAUGUGUUGAUGGAGAGUGGACGACCUUGCCAAUAUGUAUUGGGGAGGAGAGUACAUGUGGAGAAAUACCUGAACUUGAACAUGGCUAUGCCCAGCCUUCUUCCCCUCCCUAUUACAAUGGAGAUUCAGUGAAGUUCAAUUGCACAAGAACAUUUACAAUGAUUGGACAUGGAUCAAUUACAUGUAGGAGUGGAAUGUGGACACAACUUCCUCAGUGUGUUGCAACAGAUCAACUUAAGAAGUGUAAAUCAUCACACUUAAUUUUAACUGAGGACAAUGCACAAAAUAAGAAGGAAUUUGAUCAUAACUCGAAUGUAAGGUACAAAUGUAAAGGAAAAUCAGAACACAAACACUCAGUCUGCAUAAAUGGAAGAUGGGACCCUGAACUGACCUGCACAAAUGUACCAAUACAACUAUGCCCACCUCCACCUCAGAUUCCCAAUGCUCAGAAUAUGACAACCACAUUGAAUUAUCAGGAUGGAGAAAAAGUAUCUGUUCUUUGCCAAGAAAAUUACCUAAUUCAGGAAGGAGAAGAAAUUUUAUGCCAAAAUGGAAGAUGGCAGUCAGUACCACAAUGUGCUGAAAAAGUUCCAUGUCCUCAACCACCUCACAUAGAACAUGGAACCAUUUACUCAUCUAGAUCUUCAAACGAAAGCAAAGAAACAGUCAAACCCAAGCUUUACCCACAUGGUGAUAAAUUAAGUUAUGUUUGUGAAGAUGGUUUCAGGAUAUCUGAAAAAGCUGAGAUAACGUGCUACAUGGGAAAGUGGAGUUCUCCACCUCAGUGUGUAGGACUUCCUUGUGGGCCACCACCUUCAAUUGAUCAUGGUGUUAUGUCUGCUAUGUUACCCAGUUACCAAUAUGGAGAAGAAGUUACAUACAAAUGUUCUGAAGGUUUUGGAAUUGAUGGACCUGCAUUUACAAAAUGCUUGGGAGGAAAGUGGUCUCAUCAACCAAAAUGCAUAAAAACAGAUUGUCUUAGUUUACCCAGAAUUGAUAAUGCCGUACUCACAGGAGAGGAGAAGACUUCGUAUAGUUCAGGAGAACAAUUGAGUUAUAAAUGUCAACCAAAUUACCAGUUGGAUGGAUCCAACAUUGUCACAUGUGUUAAUAGGAGAUGGGUAGGAAAUCCAACAUGCAGAGAUAUUUCCUGUGUGAAUCCACCCACAGUGAAAAAUGCUAAUAUAAUAUCAACACCAAUGAGCAGGUAUCCACCUGGUGAGAGAGUACGCUAUGAAUGUGAGAGACCUUUUGAGAUGUAUGGGGAUGUAGAAGUGAUGUGUCUAAAUGGAACUUGGACAGAACCACCUCAAUGCAAAGAUUCUCAAGGAAAAUGUGGGACCCCUCCAGCUAUUGACAAUGGAGACAUUACUUCAUUCCCAUUACCGGCCUAUGCUCCAGGCUCGUCAGUUGAGUAUCAAUGUCAGAACUUGUAUGUUCUUCAGGGUAACAAGCGCAUAACAUGUAGAAAUGGACAGUGGGCAGAACCACCAAAAUGCUUAGAAGCGUGUAUAAUAUCAGAAGAAAUCAUGGAAAAAUAUAACAUAACAUUCAGGUGGAGAGAACAACAAAAGCUUUAUUCCCGAACAGGUCAAAGUGUUGAAUUUGUGUGUAAAUACAGAUACCAUCUAGCACCAGGAUCUCAACCACUUCGAACAACGUGUCAGGAUGGAAAACUGGUGUAUCCCAGUUGUGAAAAAGACACACCUGAUUAUUGGGGUUAAUAAAAUGCACACCUUUAUUAAGAAUUUUAGUUAUUAAUCCAGUUGUCAAUUUUAUAUUUCAAGUAUUGUUAAAAUUCAUUUUUAUUCAUAAAUAAGAUUUUUUUGUCAAAUUGUGAUGAUGUAAUUAUAAUCUGAGACCAGUGCCUCACUUCUUAAAAGCACCACAUUAAAACUUGGCAAAUCAAA